AUGGCAAUGUACCUUGCGCUUUCCGUGACCUCUUCGAGAAAGUACCUCACCCCGCGGUACCUUCUUGCCGAGGGGGGGUGUGAGUCUGUCAUUGAUUAUUGGGAAACUACCCAAGGUACGAGAACGCACACAAUCUUAGAAUUCCUUCCUUCCAGAGAGGCAACCUGCAUCGCGAGCCUACCUACAACUAAUUCCCUUCCUCAUCGAAUCUGCGAGUCUUGCUACCAGAAGCACCUCUUCAGUUACGUGAUCAUGUCCCUUCGUUUGCCCAACGCAAUGACCGGGCCAUCUGCCGUCAAGUCAGCGUCCAAAAUGGUACCCCUUCCAGACUAUGCAUCGUUGACUAUGCUCAGGCUACCUCACGAAGCAAUGCAAUAUUCCAUCUCUGUCCGUGACAGAAAUGCCCUGUUCCUCACACUCUAUUCGCACCGAUAUGGCCAAGCUACGUCCGUACGGUGGAGAGAUCUGUUUUUCUGUCGAUUCUUAAAUGCCUAUGAUCAAGAUCGCGCAAAGCCGUCGUCAACGCCAACAACACCAACCGAAGACAAGGCACCAACACUCGGUCAAUGUCUUAAGACCAACGACGCCUCUUGA